AACGUUCGAUCUCUUCUGCUUCACAAGCACAAUGUCGCUCUCCCCCGAACGCAAGGCGCUUGUCGAGGAGUUCUACGCUUCCUCCGACCGGGCUGACGACUCCUGGUUGGAUAUGUUCACGCCAGACUGUGUCAUCGAUUUCAGCGGCGUGACUGCCCGCGGAACGGAGCAACUGCGGCACAUGCGCGAGGUCGGCGCCAAAGUUGUCCAGAAUCGAGUACAUUACCUGGACGAUGUGUGGGUGUGCGGCAGGCUACCGGAUACGGUGCUCGCGACGGGGCGGAUCGACCAGGACCGCCUGGCGGACGGAGCCAAGAUCCGGGGGUUGGAGUGGGUGGGACGCAUUGAGUUUGCGGGCGAGAAGAUCAGCAAGUACACCAUCUUCGUGUCUUUCCCGCCGCUCGAGGCCAAGGCUAUCUCGGAGAUUCAGUUUGUUCCGCAGUAG